UUACAACAAUAAAAUUUUGAAGUUUGCAUGGUAAUAGAAAUAAUAUAUUUAAAUAUUUUUAUUGUGUUUUUGCUAAUAACUUUUCAAGCCGUUUAUCACUGUAUUGUUUACAUUUGUAAGUUGUUUUUUGAAAUGGAUCCUGAGGAAGCCAAAUUUAUGAGAACAGAACGUAAACCAGGAUCAGUAGAUGUUCACCCAAAUAUUGACGCGAUUUGUUUAAAUUAUGAUUUGGAUAUUCAGAUUCUAGCAUCCAAAGAAAAUGUUCUUUAUGGAGAGAAAAAGAGUCUAAAAAAGAUUAUUGAAUUACCUAUGAUUAACAGUAGAACUGAUUGCCAUGCACUGUCCAAAGAAGUUGUUAAUCAAUGUGAACUUAUUCACCAUUCACGUUUACCUGAAGUUGAACAAAUUAUCUACUACUUAAAGAAACGAAAAAUGCAAAAUGGCAAUAGAGGAAACUCUGCAAUGUUGGGAGAUGGAGACAAAAUUGUAGCAGAAAAAAUAUCCAAUGGGGUGCAAGAAGCAAAUUAUAAUAGUUUAUCUGAUUAUAUUGACCUCUUGUAUGAGGGUAUGUCAGAAAAAAUCAAAGGUGCCCAGCUUAUUCAAUUAUUAGCAAGAGAUACAGAAAAUUUGGAAGCACUAGCAACAAAUGAAACUUUAAUCAGUGCAUUGGGACGUGUUUUGAGAGAAGAUUGGAAGAGAAGUAUUUCUCUAAGUACUCAUUUAGUAUUUACAUUUUUUUGUUUUUCUAUGUAUUCGUGCUUCCAUGAUGUUAUUCUGAAGUGUAAGGUGGGCUCAAUAUGCAUGGACAUAAUUGACUAUGAAUUGCGACGGUAUGAUCGAUGGAAAGCGGAUUUUGAGGGUUCUGAGGCACCGUCAGACAUACCAAUUGUUCGAAAACCUUGCCCAAGUAGUGCUAGCAUGUCUGAUAUACCUCGAAGUCGUAUUCCAGAACCUGUACGUCCAAAAUCUGGAAAUUUUUCAGAUAGUAAUAUAAGUCAAAUUAUGGAAGGUAGUGUUUAUGAUGAUCUCACAACGUCCAUGGAGGGAAUAGACGAUAGAAAACUCACGGAUGAACAGAAAUUGAAAAGAUUUCGGACUUUAGUCAAGAAACAAGAACAUUUACUCCGUGUAGCAUUUUACUUAUUACUAAACAUUUCUGAAGAUGAAGUUGUCGAAGAAAAAAUGUCAAAGCGAAACAUCAUUGGUCUCUUGGCAAAGGCUUUAGAAAGAGAAAACGAUGAUUUGCUUAUUUUAGUCAUUACAUUCCUAAAAAAAUUGUCAAUAAUGCAGUGCAACAAAGAAACGAUUGUAGGAAACUCAAAUGUAAUUGAAAAAUUACCUCGAAUGUUGAAUUCCAAUAGCGCUGAUUUAGUUCAUUUAACUUUAAAGUUGCUGUUCAAUAUGUCUUUUGAUCACAAGGCUAGGUACAAGAUGAUUAAAGCUGGUCUGUUGCCGAAAAUUAUGAGCCUUUUAAGCGAUGAUAAACAUCAAGAGGUUGUACUUAAAAUAUUGUACCAUCUCAGUUAUGAAGAUGAAGUAAAACAUAAUUUUGUUGAUUGUAUCGGAUUGAUUACUGAUAUGCUUUUAUUGAAUGUUGGGAAUGAACAAGACAAAACCAUGGUGGCAUUAUGCAUAAAUUUAGCUACUGAUACAUCUAACGCGCAACAUAUAAUUAAAAAGAACAGAUUGCAAGCUUUAAUUAUGAGAGCAUUCACUUACCAAGACGCGAUGCUGAUGAAAAUGUUGAGAAAUAUUUCUGAAAAUUCAUCUUCAGCUGCAGCGUUCAUUGAAUUCGUUGGUGACAUAGCAAAAGCAGUAGUAGAGUCCAAAGAUGAUGACUUUAUUAGGGAAUGUGUUGGAAUUUUAAGUAAUCUUCAUUUGCCUGACCUCGAUUGGGCUGAAAUAUUUAAACAUUUUGAUAUGAUAAGGUGGACGAAAAACAUAAUUACAAGUAACAACAGCGACGCUGAGUUAGUAUUACAUGUUAUCGUUCUUUUGGGUACGGCAUCAACUGAUGAAGGUUGCUCAAAUUUGUUCUGUGAAACUAAUAUUUUAGCAUUACUUAUUGAUUUGCUGAAGACACAUCAAGAAGAUGAUGAAAUCGUGCUUCAAAUUGUUUAUGUAUUCCUUAUAGCUUUGUCUCAUGGUUCAAAUAUUGAUUACAUUGUAAAUAAAACUGAAGCACCAGCUUACUUAAUCGAUUUGCUUCAAGACAACAAUAAAAUUAUUAGAAAAUUAUGCAAUACUUGCCUUAAUAUAAUUUCUGAAUAUGAUAAAACCUGGGCGGAAAGAAUCAGAAUUGAAAAAUUCCGUAAUCAUAACCAACAAUGGUUGACAAUGGUGGAUACUCAGCAGUUGGAUAGUGAAGAAGAAGAUGAGGAUGAGCUGCCUCCCUAUCUAAAUACUGAAUAUCUUAGUACUGCUGUUGUACCUCCGUUAUCAGACUUACAUGAUGCAGCAGAAACUGAAAUCAUUUCAGAUAAAGAUUUAGAAUGUGAUUAUUUUGAUAACAAUGAGGAAGAAGAAGAUAUGAUUCAAGAGUUUGAUUUCGAAGCAAUGUAAGCAUAAAGUAUUUUAUAUUAAAAUAAACCCAUGGAUGCUUGAGGGUAGCACAAAUCCAGAAUAUUCUAGUCAUUUUUCAAUAUUUAUGUAACCAUAUUUAAGCAAAUAUAAAUUAUUAACACUUA